CAGGUGAAGUAGAAGCGCUGCAGCUGUUCACCAUAAACGCGUGUACGGCAGGUGUGUACAUCACUGAUUUAAAGAAUAAACUGUCACAUCAUCAGACUCUUACAGGUGGUGCAGCUGCAAAGAUGUCCAGGCAGAGCACGCUCGCUGCAGCUUUGGCCACGAUGUUAGGAGCCACUCUUGGCGGUCUCUUCUUGUGGCGCAGCAUUCGCACUCAGAAGAAAAAAGCCCUGAAGACUCCCGCCACAGCUGAGCCCAUUCAAGCUCAGAUAGAGCCGGAUAUCACCUCCUCAGAACCCGCAAGACAAGAGCUAUCCGUGCCACCGCAAACCCCAAAACUCGUGCCCUUGACGCCAGUGGAUGCCCUGUUACAGGUGCUGCCCGUUGUCGUGAGCUCUAUAGAGGAGUGGGAGGCGGUUUGGCCGGCGUUCCAGAUGGACCUGUCCUCAUAUCCGGUUCUGGGAUUGGACUGUGAAUGGGUAAAACGCAUGCGUGUGUCCUUCAAAGGCAAGGCCUCUGCCGUCUCUCUACUCCAGUUGGCGACGUUCUCCGGCCGCUGCGUGCUGGUCCGGCUGCUGCCGUUUCGAGACGCACGGCUUCCUCUGCCAAAGAGUCUCAUCGGGGUCCUCUCUGACCCCCGUGUUCUUAAAGUGGGGGUGGGAUGUUAUGAGGAUGGAAAACGUCUGGUUCAUGAUCAUGGCCUGACUCUUGAAUGCACCGUGGACCUUCGGUAUCUUGCCCUCAGACAGAGGCAUGCAGUGCUUAAUAAUGGACUGAGUUUAAAGUCUCUGGCCUCAGAUCUGUUGAAUGUCACACUGGAUAAAUCGUAUGAGCUGCGCUGUAGUGACUGGGAGGCGGACGUACUGACCCAUGAACAGAUGACUUACGCAGGGCGUGAUGCUCAGAUCUCCAUCGCACUUUUCUUUCACCUGCUGCGGUUGAGUGCAGAGCUCAGCGUACCCGCCGAGAGUGAAAGUUUGUUCGUCCAACUGUCAUCACGCUGCCAGGGAUUGAUGGACGUGCCCUUCAGGUGGCGCUGCGGAGCAGAGGGAGAAGAAGUGGAGAGACGAAGACGAAGCAGGAAGUCCACCGUCGACAGUCCUGAGUCUGGAGACCAGCAAGUUCCAGACCCGCGGCGGAACAAACGCAAACCGCUUGGAGUGGGUUAUUCUGCUAGGAAGUCUCCGCUGUAUGAUAACUGUUUUCUUCACGCCCCUGAUGGCCAGCCACUCUGCACAUGUGACAAGAAGAAAGCCAAAUGGUACCUGGAGAAAGGAAUCGGAGAGUUGGUCAGUGAAGAUCCGUUUAUUGUCCAGCUCCUGUUUGAACCAUCCGGCCGUCCAGACUCACAGAAAGACUAUUACCUCAUAGCCAAAGAGAAUCUGUGUGUGGUGUGUGGGAAAGCAGAGUCGUACAUCAGGAAGAACAUCGUCCCACACGAGUACAGGCGCCAUUUCCCGGCUGAGAUGAAGGACCACAACUCGCACGACAUCCUGCUGCUGUGCACCUCCUGUCACGCCGCCUCCAACGUUCACGACUGCGUUUUGAAGCAGCACUUGGCAGAGGAGCAUUCGGCACCGCAGGGGUGCGAGGAGGGCAUUCGGCUGCUCGAUGAUGCAGACCGGCGGCGAGUACGCUCAGCCGCUCGUGCUCUUCUCAGUGCCGGUGACGGGAUGCCGGAGUCUAGACGGGAAGAACUCCUGUCAGUCAUCCAGAGCUUCUUCUGUGAUGAGCAGGAGGAGGUCACGCAAGAGAUGCUUCAGAAAGCUGCAACGCUUGAGACCAAGAUCUUCAACGAGAGUUACGUUCCGCACGGCUUGAAGGUCGUGCGGGCGUACGCCGAGCAUGGUCUCCGUGGCCUGAUGGAGUUGGAGCGCCGCUGGCGGCAACACUUCCUGGCUAGCAUGCAUCCCCGCUUUUUGCCCCCGCUGUGGGCUGUCACUCACAACCAUGACAAAUAUCUGCGCAAGUAUGGCGAGGACCUGAAAAUCCAGCUCAGCUGCCCCCCUUCCACCCCUACUUCAGAAUAGACUUUACUCUAUGACUGCUGGGAAAGGAAGGUUGGGGAUUACCUUGGUGUCCUAUAAACCUUGUGAUGUCAUGUCAGAGACAGACUCUGACUCGAGUCCUGGUGUCGACUUCCAAAUUGAAAAAAAUAGACUGUGGCGCCAAGGGACCAAAUGGAGAUCGGGUAAGAGACUCUUUGAGAAGCCACUGUGGUGAAUGGAAAGUCACCUCUGCAGAUGAUGCAAGAACGGAAAUGGUGAUAGGUACUAAAACAAACAAAAAGGCAUAAUGUGCACACUUUUUUUUAAUGUUUAAAUACUGUGGAUAAGAAUUAUCAUUUCCCUGUGAAAAGCAGACCCUACUGGAUUUUAACCAGAGAGCCCAAACCUGCUCUUAAAUCUUAACAUUGAAUGAAAUAAAUGAAUCCUAGCUUACAAUUCUUGCAGGUUUGAGGCCAUAUUAAAUAUUUUUGUUGAGUGUUAAACCAGUUUGCCUAAUAAGGCUGUAGAACAUGGACACUUUACUUGAUGUCCAUAUCUUUAUUGUUUCAGUUCACAAUGUCAGGGUGUUUUUGUCAUGAGGUGGGUUUUGAGGACAACUCAUCUCAUGAAGUUCUGAAGUGUGAUUCAAUUGGGCACAUCUUGUCAAAACAAAUUUAUCAUCUGGGUAAUGUGAAAAUUAUAUUUCUCAGAAGUCAGACCACCUCUAGACAUAAUAUGGUUUCAGUGUUUUUUCAGAUGCUCUUUCAUAGAUCACAGCUCAAUCGCACCGAUCCAGAUUUGUGUAGUGCGAGUUUGUGUUAGAGCCCGAGAGAUUCUGCUCCAUGGACUGAAGCAAAUGUAAACACCCAAAUAAAGGAUACUGGUAGCUUAACACUUAAACUUUAUCUUAAGAGACACUGAAGCUUUUUUUAUUUACAUUUGUCCAGAUGUAACCUAUUUAAAGCUGUUGUGUUUCCUUAUUGUCAAUAAAGACAUUUAAUGUUGUAUCUAUAGA